AUGGCCCGUGACAGGGGCUUGGAAGAAGCUCUCAAGAGGGGCAAGCUUGUUCGUGAUGGCAUCAAAGCUUUGAAGGAGCAUAAGGCCGAAGAGAAACGCAAGGGAAACAAGAGCUCCUCAAGCUCGGGUGCCUCGGGACUUUCGAUAGCCUCCCACUCCAAUCCUCAUGGAGUCCCAGCUGAUCCACCGAUCCCUUUGGAUGAGAGGCUUUCGGGUGAACGCUCGCUUACCUUAGAGGAGCUUAUGGUUUCCGAGCGUUUGACUUAUGCUGAUGCUGUGGUUGUCUUUGAGAAUGUUCGAGAAGGCUUGCGAGAACAGGAGGCAGCUGCAGCGAAAGCAAAACCAGCCAAGGCCAAUAAGACCCCCAAGGUGAAGGAGAAUGCCAAAGCAGAACCCAAGCGGCUUCACAGGUCAAGGGCAAACAGCCACCUUUCAGAGGAAGAGGAGCCAGAGGAGGACAAGGAGAAGGAGGAGGAAGAGGAGCCAAUCGGUGUGACCAUUGCCCCCAAGGCCCGUGCUGCCAAGCCCAAGACGUGCAACAAGCCUCGAAAGACCAAGGUUGCCGAGGAGGAGCCCGCAGAGGAGGAACCCAAGUCCCGCAGUGCAAAGUCCAAGGCUCGAAAGGCCGAAGUGGUUCCCGCCGAGGAGGAGCCCAAGCCCCCGUGCAGCGCAAAGUCGAAGCGAAAGGCCGAAGUGGUUCCCGAGGAGGAGCCAGUGGAGGAGCCCAAGUCCCGGUGCAGUGCAAAGUCCAAGGCUCGAAAGGCCAAAGCGGUUCCCGCCGAGGAGGAGCCCACAGAGGAGGAGGAGCCCAAGCCCAGUGCAAAGUCCAAGGCUCGAAAGGCCAAAGCGGUUCCCACCGAGGAGGAGCCCACAGAGGAGGAGGAGGAGGAGCCCAAGCCCAGUGCAAAGUCCAAGGCUCGAAAGGCCCAAGCGGUUCCCGAGGAGCCCACAGAGGAGGAGCCCAAGUCCCGGCGGUGCAGUGCAAAGUCAAAGGCUCGAAAGGCCGAAGCGGUUCCCGAGGAGCCCACAGAGGAGGAGCCCAAGUCCCGGUGCAGUGCAAAGUCAAAGAAGGCUCGAAAGACCGAAGCGGUUCCCGAGGAGGAGCCCACAGAGGAGGAGGAGCCCAAGCCCCCGCGCAGUGCAAAGUCAAAGAAGGCUCGAAAGACCGAAGCGGUUCCCGAGGAGGAGCCAGAGGAAAAGGAGCCCAAGCCGUGCAGUGCAAAGUCAAAGAAGGCAGGAAAGGCCAAAGUGGUUCGCGAGGAGGAGCCAGCUGAGGAGCCCGUGUCCCGCAGUGCAAAGUCGAAGGCUCGAAAGGCUGAAGUGCUGGAGGAGCCACAGGAGGAGCAUGUGGAGCCGAAAGCAAGGAAGAGCAAGCAACGCAAAGCCAACAAACUGUCACCAAAGAGCGUCUACACACCGCCGAAAGUCCGUGUGAACUCUAAGAGCAAGCCCAACAAAAGGCCAAAGCCAGCCCUGGAUGAGGACGAGGUCGCAGUUGAUUCGGAUGCUGAGAGGAUGGCAGAAGUGGAGGCGAUGCUGGAAGAAAUCGACAGGGUGAGUGAGGCCAGAUCGGCAAGCACAAAUAAGAAGGCGGAGGAGCCGUUUCCCGAGACCUUGGUGGAUCCGGCCCCAACUGAGGUGGAGCCGAUGGAGGAGGAUGAAGCAGAGGGAGACGAGGAACAGGAGGAGGCCGGUGAUGAAGCAGAGGGAGACGAGGAACAGGAGGAAGCCGGUGAUGAAGCAGAGGGAGACGAGGAACAGGAGGAGGCUGUUGAUGAAGCAGAGGGAGACGAGGAACAGGAGGAGGAUGGUGAUGAAGCAAAGGGAGACGAGGAACAGGAGGAGGCCGAUGAUGAUGAUGAUCAAGGAUUGGUGGCACCGCCAGACGAUCUCGAGAUCCCCGUCACCGUUGCCGUGCAUCCUCGGGAUGCUGUUGUGGAGAAGAAUGGAUCCGCUGUUCGCUUGGUUUCAGAUAAUUAUUGGAAGCUUCGGGUGCCGAAGCACCUGGCUGAACUGCCUCGCCUGAAGGGCCUUAUCCAAGACAUCAUGGCCGAUCCUUCUUUGAAGCUAGACUUGCUGCCAACACAAACCCUUGCGAGCCACAUCCUUCAACGAGCGAACAUUGUCAUCCGAUCCCUGAGUGAUGCUGGUGCUUACUUUAAAAUCGGCCUUUCGUCCAGCCCGGUUCAUCGAUGGCACAACACUGGCUAUGGGUAUGUGCACUCUUCAAACCCUUGCUUUGCUGAAAUGAGAGUUGUUGGUAUUCUUGCCUCUACAGAAGGGGCCGCAUUUAUGGAGGCAUCACUCAUCGACAAAUGGCAGAGCCACCCGCGAUGCCUUAACAAGGCAGGCCAGGACGGGCUGCAGGAGCGAUUGCGCAUCGCCGGCCACGCCCAGUCGCUCAGCCGCGAGGAUACCCUGACAGACUUGUCAGAGAUGCUGAAAACGCUGGGCCCAUCUGCUAGCCAGCUGGGAUACGAGCACGAGCUCUCGAACAUGUUGCAGCGAGUGGACCUCUUGCUGAAGGAGAAGGAAGCUUCAGUGAAAUCCAAGCCUGUUGCCACGCCAGCCCGUGCCACCGCAGCACUGCCUGCCGUUGCAAAUGCAGAAGCAACAAAUGCUAAGGCUGCUAAGGUCAAACAGCAUCAGUUUGGCACAGGUGCUGUUGGCCCAGAAGCUGUUGCAGUUGCCCCAAAAAUGAAACCCAAUGCUGCGACAGUCGGUGCUGCUGCUGAUGCCCCCGCCGAAGCAGAAGUCGUGAUCAACACUACGACACAUAAGAGGGAGUACAUGAAGAUGGCACGAGCCCAUCAAGCCGGAAAGUUCGCGAGCUCCCCCAACCUGUCCCAGUUGAUGGAUGGCUCCCUCACCGAUCGCAACAAAGCCCUACGAGAGUGGGUGAGCAAGAAUGGCAACAUUGAUGCCAUGGAGGUCAGUGUAAAAGACAUGGGCAAAGCCCCUUACAACUUCAGCGAGCGCAAGAUACAAUCCAUCAUAUCCCGACAAACUGGAGAGGAAGAUCCGGACUGUCCGGGGGUGUUGGAGGAGACGAAGUUUUGGGUGGUGGUGAAAAGGACAAGGGUGGGUGCCAGUAUGGGUGCACGCUUUCGCCCAACGACGGGGAUGCUGGACCAGAUGAUGGGAAAUGGGCCGAACAUGCCGGGCCUUCUUCAAAGGCCUCGAACAGGCCAAGGACACGCCAGCAACCCGCUCAGUGGAGACAUUCUUCGUGCCUUCGACACGUACAACCGUGACCUCUUCGCCCAUCGGGCAAUGGCAAUCGCCGUCGAGCUGACCGAUGAAGAGAAACACGCCAAGUUCAGUGCCGCCGUGAAGAAGGAGAUCGGGCAACUGAGCACUUUGAUCAUCGAUAUGUCGCAAGCAAACAGCCCAGACCUGCUGAAAGACCUCAAAGCCCACGAUGCGAAGAUUAAGGCUUUCAGCUUGAAGCUGGGUAUGACAAAGUCCGGCGACAAGUUCGAUGCUCUAUGCGAGCAAAUCUACGAGGAGGCAAGCCUUCCUCCAGCUCGGGAUCCAGAAGCACAGCUGAUCGCCAGGGCACUGGUCGAGGAUGGCUUUGUGGAUUCCAUGUACCCAUCGAGCUCGGAUCUGGAAGCUUACUGGGCCCAAUUGCUGCCUGACUUCCCUGAUCAUUGGCUGAAGGAAAUCUAUUAUUUUGUUCCAGUAGCUUUUCGUGGAGAUCUGAAGUAUUUGACCCAGUGCUUCAACUUCGUUCGCAAUGCGAGCAGUGAGAAGGUGUGCUUCAAAUGUUUGGCAUCGAAAUCCAACCCGGACAUGCUCUACACCGAUUGCAAUGUUGAUGCGCCCUGGACAGCGACCGAAUAUUCCGAGCAAGAGCCCUGGGUGGAUCGUCCGGCUUUUGCAUUUAUCCACGGAUUUGAUCUUCAAAUGGUGCAAGUGGACUUCAUGCAUACGUGGUCGCUGGGGGUGGCAAGAGAUGUUCUUGGAAGUGCCAUCAAAUUGAUGUGCAGGGACAAAUCGAUUUAUGGAGGACCUACGAUUCCAAAGAGGCUCAAUCAGUUCUUCAAAGAGCUGAAGAUCUAUGCGAAAGCGCAUGAAAAAACUGUGGCAACGAGGCGACUUCGAAAAGCCACUGUUCACUGGAGUGGUGGCUGCCCGGAGCUGCAUUGUAAGGCGGCGGACGCCUCGACAUUUAUGUCCUAUGUGCGGAUGAAACUUGAAGCGACCCCUUUGCAGGGGCCAUACCGAGGCUUACUUGGCAUGGUUUGGGCUGCCGACGAGUUGGGCCGCUCUGCCCUGACUUCCGGUGUGUUUUUAACGGUGGAACAGCAACGACACAUACGUGUGGUGGGCGAUGUUUUCGUGAGCUCCUAUUGUGCACUGGCCACAAUUGCAUGCGACAGAGGUGAAUAUUACUUCAAGAUGCGACCAAAAUUUCAUCAUUUGGUCCACAUGGUGAGAGACAAGCGGCCGAGCAGAAGAUCGCCGGGGUGGGACCAUUGUUAUAUGGACGAGGAUCAUGUGAAGCACUGUGUGCGCAUCCUGCGCAAAGUAAGCCACCGGACGGCCGAGAAAUCGCUGCUUCAACGAAACUCUGUGCAGGUGAAGCAGGCAAUGCUGGACUGUUUGUUGCCCCAGUGA